AUGGAUAAGAAAGCGAUGAGCUUUCUCAUACUAGUCCUAAUUAUUGUCCUUUCUACAGUAGUUAGUUCCGAUGAGAAAACGAAAUAUUCUCCGGCAAUCUUCAGUUUUGGGGACUCCAUCCUGGACGCCGGGAACAACCGCUUCUUGAAGAACUCCACAAUCCGAGCAGAUUUCCCGCCGUACGGAUCAAGUUUCUUCCCCAACCCCACUGGGAGGUUCACUAAUGGAAGAACAGUGCCAGACUUCAUUUCCCGGUUCCUUGGCAUUGAUUUCCAGAAACCAUACAUGGAGUCAAACGCUGGCGUUUUGAGUGGAAGCCUCAAGUCUUAUCCAAGCAAUGGAGUCAAUUUUGCUAGCGGAGGCAGUGGUAUUUUGCCGGGCACAAAAAAUGCUCAAGGAGUGAUCCCACUGGAAGAGCAGUUACAACAAUUCCAAACAAUGGUGCUACAAAAUCAGAUCGAUUUAAGUUUGAUCCAAAAGUCGCUCUUCUUCUUCGAGUCGGGGUCCAAUGACAUAUUCGACUUCUUCGCAUCUCCUGAAGAGACUCGAGUGGACCCAGAAGAGCACGUGCAACUCAUGCUUUCUCAAGUGACAAAAUUUGUUAAAAGAAUAUAUAGCCUGGGUGCUCGCCGGAUUGUUUUACUCUCUCUGCCUCCGGUGGGUUGUGCUCCGGGUAGGGCCAUGUUGCAAGAUUCUCCGAUCAAAAGGUGCGACGACGAUAUGAACGAAAUGGUGAAGAGAUACAACCAUGGCUUGCAUAAAUUGGCUAAACACGUUGAAUUCAACUAUCCCGGUUCGCUCGGGACUUACGGUGCAAUUUAUGACAUUCUCAAAUUCCAAAUCGUUUUAGGAUUCUUCAGUGAAUUUGCUGACGUGAAAACGGCAUGUUGUGGGGGCGGGGCCCUUGGAGGAGAGAGGCAGUGUGGGGUAAGGGGUUAUACGAUUUGUGAAAACCCGGAUGAUUUCUUGUUCUGGGAUUCAUUCCAUCCGACGCAGCGUGCGUAUGAGCUCAUCGCAAAUGAUUUAUGGAACGGUUGGAUUGCUAACAUUAGUCCUUAUAAUUUGAUCACUCUUGCUGAUCUCGAACUUAUUCCUGCUGCUUGA